CCGUCCGUACGCGACUGUGCGCGGUGUUCAGUCUUCAGUAGACGUCCGCACAUACGAACCGCAACAUGACGCGAAUCCCGAUCGCGUUAUCGCUGGUCUUGCUGCUGGCCGCUGUAGCGGUCCGGACCCAACAGCAGCAACAGCAGCAACAGAGGCCUUUCCUCACGGAGAUUUUCCCCGAACAGCUCGAACAGCAGCAACUGCAAUUCCAGCAGAACCAGAUCCAAGUGCAGUUGCAGCAGGUGCAACAGGCGCUCGAGGCCAGGCCGCAGGACCCGGGACUCCGGGAUUCGCUGUUCCAGCAACAGGAACAGUUCGUGCAAAUGUUUCAGGACAUCCAGCGGCAGCAGUUGGUCCUCCAACAGAGGAUACAGGACAGGCUCAGAGGCAUGCAAACCGUAACGCAACCCGUGCAGCCCGCGCAGCCCGUACAGCCCGUACAGCCUGUACAGCAACAGCAAGAGCAACCGGCACCGCAAGUCGAGGAACCGUUCAGAAAAACGCCUAACACCCAGGGAUUGUGCAAGGCGGGGAACGGUGAGUUGGGAACGUGCCGGCCACUGGUCAGCUGUCUGUUGUUUUACGCCGAACUUCCAGAAUUCAAAAGACAACCGUGCAAGUUGGCUGUCAACGAAUUUGGCGUGUGUUGUCCUGUUAAAAACCUUAAUCCAGCCAACAACCAAUUGACGUCGGCUACAGUUACUGGCGUGAUCAGAGCACCGCCACCACCGCCCGUCGAAAUACCGCCAUUCACCUCGGAACAGUUGAACAUUGCCGCAACAAACGCGCUGCAACGCCUAAACGAGCGACGGGUACUUGUUACGUCUCUAUUUACAAAACGGAUACUGGUACCCACAGGCAGCGCUGCAGCAUGGCACCAAGAGCUUUUCCCGACCACCAACGAGACACUUACAGAAGGGGAACAGGCUCAGAAAUCCGUGGAUGCUAGCGUGGGGCUUGUAAACGAUUUCAACUUGACACGUGAACAAGGUACGUUUGCCUUACCGAGCUUCAGCAUUCUCGACACAGUACUUGGCGAUACUUGCCCCAGGACGUCGUUUUGCCAACCUCAUAAAUACAGAUCAACCGAUGGGUCUUGUAAUAACAUUCAACAUGAGCUUUGGGGCCGAGCUAGCACGGCUUUACAGAGAAUUCUUCCUCCAAAAUAUGGAGACGGUGUAAAUUCACCGAGAUCGAGAGCAGCUAACGGGUCGCCGUUACCAAGUGCGAGACAAGUGAGUGUCACAUUUACACAAGACGUGGAUUCGCCAUCCGAGAAUUACACUAUGCUGUUAAUGCAAUGGGGACAAUUCUUAGACCACGACACGACGCACACACCCAUAAGCAGAGGUCAAAUGGGUAGUGGGAUAUCCUGUUGCAGGAAUGGACGAGAAAUCGAAAGUUCUCUGCGCCACCCGGAUUGUUUUCAAAUAGAAAUUCCCCGUAACGAUCAUAUGUUCGCGCCUUUUGGCGAGAGGUGCAUGGAGUUCGUCAGAUCACUGCCGGCGCCACGUCCCGAAUGCAAUUUCGGACCUAGAGAACAGAUGAAUCAAAUAACCGCUUACCUUGAUGGAUCUAAUAUCUACGGGUCUUCUCUGGCCACUCAGCAAAGCCUUCGAACGUUCCGAGGCGGUAUGCUACAAUCGCAAAAUAUCAGAGGAAAGCAGCUUUUGCCGGGAAAUCCUUCAGAAUGUUCUGAUGAUACGGGCAGAUCUGCUUGUUUUAAGGCGGGUGACGGACGCGUAAACGAACAAAUAGAUCUAGCUUUAUUGCACACUAUUUGGUUGCGUGAGCAUAAUCGUAUAGCUUUCGAGUUGUCCCGACUAAAUCCUCGUUGGAGCGACGAAGCAAUAUUCCAAGAAACGCGGAGAAUAAUAAUUGCUCAGAUACAACACAUCACCUAUAAUGAAUUUUUGCCAAUCGUUUUAGGUAGAAGUUACAUGACCAAGUUUGGGCUAUCUCCAGCAGAGAGUGGAUGGACAAGGAAUUACGAUCCAGAGUUAAAUGCAGGAAUAACCAAUGCCUUUGCAGCAGCUGCUUAUAGAUUCGGUCAUACACUUAUUCAGGGAAACAUCCAUGGUUAUGGAAAAUUUGGCAACAUCAGAGAAAAUCUUGUUCUCAGUAAACAGCAUUUUGCACCAUUUAAUUUGUACAAAGAAGGAGCUCUAGAUGACUUUAUCAGAGGAUUAUCUUUCCAAAGCUCUCAAAACUUUGAUAGAUUCUUUACUAGAGAAAUCACUGAUCACUUAUUCCAAGGUAAUCUAAAUUUUGGACUUGAUCUAGUAGCAUUAAAUGUACAAAGAGGCCGUGACCAUGGUUUACCACCCUAUAAUGAAUGGCGACAAGUAUGUGGAUAUGAAAAAGCAAGAACCUGGAACGAUUUAGAAGAAUACAUGGAACCACAAACUAUUACCAGACUUGCACGACUGUACAGUUCAGUAGAUGAAAUAGACUUAUAUAUUGGAGGAGUUUCAGAAAAACCGUUGAAAGAUGCUCUAGUAGGCCCAACUUUUGUGUGCAUAAUUGGAGACCAAUUCUCUAGACUUAGACGGGGAGAUAGAUUCUUCUAUGAAGAAGGGGGUCAUCCAUCUUCUUUUGAUCAAGUUCAACUACAAGAACUCAGAAAGAGUAGUUUAGCAAGAUUAUUGUGCGAUAAUUCUGAUGAUAUGGCUCUCGUUCAACCAUUAGCUUUUUUAAAACCAUCGUUUUUAAACCAAAGGGUAGCUUGUGCAAGUUCUUCUAUACCAAAGGUAGAUUUAAGAGCAUGGGCCGGAGAAAGAACAGCAGUACCAUAAACUUGAGAUUGUAUUAACAUACACCAUAUCAAUCGAAUAAUAAAAAUGUUAUGAAAAGUGGAGAUUAUAGAACAGGCAUUCAUGCGAUAUGUGAUCUACCACACAGUUUAAAAUCAACAUGCAAUCUACCAUAUGACUUUGAAUGUAAUAAUAUGUAAUCUACAGUGUAUAAUUAAAUAUAUUUAAUUGUUAUAGUCAAUUAACAAAAUCAAAAUUUUGCAAAAUAUGCAUAGAACGAAUCGUCUAAAAAUUACGUGGUCAUAUGAUUGAAGUCUGGUACAGAUGUAUAUACCAUAGGCGCCCAUAGAAAUUUUUCUAGGAGGGAUAAAUGUUAGGAUUAGCUAUAUAAUAAAUAGUCAUUUAUCUUAAAACAUUCAAUUUAAUAUUUAUUUUUAAAAAGCCAAGGAGGGGCAAAUGCCGCAGCUUGCCCCCCCCCUUCUGGGCACCUAUGAUGAAUACAUAAAUCUGAUGAUGUUUAUAUCGAUUUAUUACAGUAUAUUUGUAAAGUGUAUGGUUAGAAUUAAAGAAUUGGAAUUGAAGUGAUAUUUAAAAUUUUUAAAUAAUAAUAUUAUACUAUACCUAUUUUAUUUAAUAACAUUUUUUAAACUGUAAGCUACUUUAUUUUAUGAAUAUUUUAAUGACAAUCAAUUUAACAAUAAUUUGUAAUUGUAUAAUAUAAUACUAUGUGGUAGAUCACAUAUUGCAUCAAUACCAAAUAAAAAAUGAAUAAAAAUGUGUGAUAUUCAUUUGUCAUAAAUUGAAUAUUAAUCAGUGUAGAUUAUAAAAUGUGUAAAUAAACGUAUGCAAAACAUUCAAAUAAU